UGAUAUUCCAACUACUCCUUUAUUCAUUUUCAAAUAUUCCGCGAAAUAAAAAUUAGAUUUACUUCCCGGAUGGGUAAAGUUUUUACAAUAUGGUUGACGAGAUGUUUAACUAACGACGAAGAUUUAAAAAAGGUUGUUGUUUCGUUUUAUGGCAUGUAAAAAAAGAACAACUGAAAACAGUUGUAUUCUGAAACAUGACUUCAAAGAAAGACAUCCUAUUAGUUGUGGCCAUAGAUUUUGGUACCACAUACUCCGGUUUUGCCAUACAGUUUCGUCAUGAAUUCGACCCAAAAGACCCCACGAAGAUUCGAGCGCCACAACCUUGGAAUGGUGGUAAACAGAAUUUGAUGUCAUACAAAACACCAACAUGCUUAUUACUGACAGAGAAGCAAGAAAUUGACAGUUUCGGUUUUGAAGCGGAGGAACGAUAUGCUGACCUUUGUAUGAACAAAGAACACCACAAGUACUACUAUUACAGGCAAUUUAAGAUGAAACUUCAAGAAGGACAGGGUCUGAAAAAAGGAUCGUUAAUUGAAGAUGCAACUCAAAAGACAAUGCCAGCGCUGAAAGUUUUUGCACUGUCUAUUCAAUGUCUAAAAGACUGCCUCAUGAAAAUGAUGGACAAGGAAGGCACAGGUGUUAACAGUGAAGAUAUCAUGUGGGUUCUGACAGUUCCUGCUAUUUGGGACGAUGCUGCCAAAGGCUUCAUGAAGGAAGCUGCAAAAAUGGCUGAUAUUGAAGACAACCAGUUAGUCAUAGCUUUAGAACCUGAAGUAGCAUCCCUUUAUUGCCAAUAUCUUCCGGUGGAGAAGUUCUCUGAAGGCGGGAAAGCAGGUUUUGCAAAUGCUAAGCCAGGGACAACUUACAUGGUUGUAGAUCUUGGAGGUGGUACUGCGGAUAUAACUGUACAUGAGAGGCAGCCAGGGAAUAAGAUUAAGGAGGUGUACAAAGCCACUGGUGGUCCAUGGGGAGGCACGGCCGUCGACCAUGCUUUUACACAACUAAUAAUAAGUAUUGCAGGAGGACCAGUCUGGGGCAGAUUUCAACAAGAGCAAACCUACGAUCAUCUAGAGCUUCUCAAAGAGUUUGAAUGCGUGAAAAGAACACUGGGGACAAAGACGGGCGACUGGUAUACGAUCAAGCUUCCAGCGACACUGAAUGAAAUAUGCGAAGAAGUUCAUGGUCAAAAGUUUGCAGCUCUCGCAAAGGAAUCUUUAAUGGCUGACCAGCUGAAUUUCAUUAGUGAUAAAAUGAGAAUGAAAGUCGGUCUUGUUGAAAAGCUUUUCAGGAAGGUUACUGAUAGUAUCAUCCAACAUAUAAAGAAGAUCCUGCUCAGUACAGAUGCCGGCAGAAAAAUAUCCCUGAUACUUAUGGUCGGAGGAUUUUCAGAAUCACCGUUCGUUCAGCAACAGAUGAAGUCCACUUUUACAGAUAAAUCGAAGGUGAAAGUCAUAAUUCCACAGCAAGCCGGUAUCGCCGUACUGAAUGGCGCAGUGUUAUUUGGGCGAAUGCCAGAAGUCAUAACAACAAGAGUUGUGCGAUACACAUACGGAGUAAAGGUAACUCCAGAAUUUAAGCCUGGUGUGCACCCCGAGGAGAAGAAAAUUCCAGGGAAUCCACCCAGAUGUAUGCACGUUUUCAGUCCUUUCAUGAAAGAGGGGGCAUCAGUUGAAGUGGGUCAUCAAGUGAUCGAGGUAUACAACACUGUUGUUCCGAAUCAAAAAGAAAUGUCUCUUCAAGUGUUUACUGCGUCAGGUGGCAUUCCAGACUUCGUCACCGACAAAAACUGCCAGAUGUUAGGGACUUUAUGUGUUACAAUUCCUGAUCCCUCACCAAAUGAACGAGAUCUGAUUGUUGUUUUCCGUUUUGGUAGUACAACGCUUGCUACGUUUGCGAUGGAAAAAGAAAGCGAGAAGGUGUGCUCAACGGUUUUUAAUCUACAGGAGUAAAACUCCCGUUUCGUAUAAAAUGUAAAUUAAAAUUAUUGCAAGAACAUUAGGCAUGUAAUAUGUCUAUACGCAGAUUCACCUUUGACUGUUACAGUUACUUUGUUUGUGAAUAGCUUUUUGUGUUUAUGAAUGCAUCUCACUGUAAAUGUUAUGUCGAUUUGUGUCAUCUUGAAAUUUAAAAAAAAUGACUCAAGCAUAAUGACAUAUAGAUUUAACCAUAUUAAUAUAUACAAUCUGUGAUAUGAUGCACAAAUAUUUUUAUAUAUAUUUAUAUAUAUACGUGUGCGUGCGUGAAACAUAACCGAUUAGUUUAUAAUUUAAGAAAAGUAGCGGAAAACUUGAACUUAUAAAAGGGAUUAUAAAAAUGCAUGUAAUAUUAUAUAAUGUUGAUUAAAAUUCUAACCAGGAAAACGGAACCUUUUUAAUCAAGGAAUUGUGCUUAAGAUAGUGGACGCUUGACAAUCGGUCAUUUUCGUUAGAUUAUGAUAUCUCCGCAUGUGAUUUCGGCAUUUUCCGCUUGUCACUGAAACUGCUGCUUGUAUGAUCUAUUUUUACGGCGGAAGAAUGCCGAAAUAACAGACGAGAAUACGAAAUUGCAUGAAAAUUGCUGAAUGCCAUUACGGGUCCUCAACAUGAAAUGAUUUUAUUAUUUUACUAAAAUUGGAGAUCACGGAAAUGGCAAAAGUCAUUGAGAUAAAAAAAAAACGGACCUGCUACUUUAUGUAACUUGCAUACAGCAAUGAUGAAGUGUGUCUCUUCACUUGAACAGCUACAUACACUCAUUGUUUUAAAAUGACCACUUCGGUAAUACAACUCAAACUCGACUCUUCUAUCUGGAAUGAAAUCAGAAUUUCCAUUUUGCCAUUUUAAUCAUUAUGAUACAAAAAUGAAAUAUGGCUAAGACAAUUAUAUUAUUUAAGAUACAUCAUAGUUCGACACCUACGUAGCAUACCACGCACAUAAAUAGUCUUGAUAAUGCAAUAUGAUUUUAAAACAUUAUAGACUAAAACUACACUUGAGAGAAUGUUAUCUGAAUCAUGUAUCAUAUUUUAUAUAUUCAGCAACUUUGUUUGUAACUAAUGAUCUAAACAGACAAUAAAAUAAUCAAAUCAUUUUUGUAUAUGUAUAUAAACUGAACGAAUAAAUACAUGCAUAUUA